UCUUCCGCUCCGGAAAUUUUGCUCUCCAUCAUUGAGGUAAUAGCAAAGAAGUUCGAAGCCGGUGAUCUUGGACCCAACACCAUCGUCGGAUCGGCCGCUUUUAAUCUGUUCAUGAUCAUCGCCAUCUGUGUUGCGGUUAUUCCCAGAGGAGAAGUUCGUCGGCAAAAACAUUUGGAUGUGUUUUUCGUAACCGCUUCA